UCUGAAUUUGGAGUACAAAUCGAGAAGUCAUUAAAAGUUACAAAAGUCUUUCUACACCGUCAUGGCCUCAUUAGCUCUACAUCAAACGCGCUCGUUUAUCUCUACGUUCAGGUCUUGGGCUCUACCAGGCUUGCAGUCCCUACUUGAACUGCUUCCUCCCAUUGUCCUAGCAGUUCCAAAGAGUAAAAUUUCUCACUCGCGAAAGUCGAUGCGCAGUGCAAACAAAGGACUUAAAGACAAGCGGAAUAUCGUUAAUUGUCCAGCUUGCGGAGAGCCUAAGCUCGCACAUCAUGCAUGUAAAGCAUGCUAUUCUGCAAUAAUGAAGCGUUUCAGAAUGGAGACUAAGAGGUUGGCAACAGAGACGACGAAACGCAUGAGCGGGGGGAGCUGGUCGGAGGUCAAGGCGCCGCCCAUGAUUGAGAGCCCUAAGGACUCAUGAUCUCUAGUCAUUUGCGCAUUCCAUGCUCUAGAGUGAUCUGUGCCGUGGCCCCAACGCCAGUUGGGUAGAUGAUAUUCACUGUACUUACUCGACAAACUCGUAAUAAUCACCUUCAAGCCGUUCGCAUUGUUCUUCACUUAAACAGAACGUGACUGCGUGGAUGUAAUCUGUCACGCAAUGGAUCACUGGUCGCCACUUC